GAGCUGACAGAAACAGAGGCCAAAGAGCAAGAGGACAAAGGAGGCAAUUUCUUCUCCCUCUGCCCGUGCUUUCUCUGACACCGAAAAGUCGCCCAAGAAGAAGCUCUCCGCUAUGGAGACGGCCUUCCAAGGCUUGGCCCCCUGCUUGGCUGGGAAAAGUAAGGCCUCCAAGCUGAGGAACAUUCCCUUGGGCACCUCCAUUGAAUCCUACCUGGAGGAUUACUUCACUUUUAUCUUCUGCCCCAAGGGAAAGAGCAAAAUGCAGGAGAACGCAGUUUCUAAGCUGAGCCGGGCAAAGGUUUUUGUGAAAUAUCUUUUGCUCGGCUCUGACUCGCCUGCGUCCUGGAACUGGCAGUUCCUGUACAACAUCCCCCUGCUGAAGUCCUACCCCGCAGUCCUCUGCAAAUUUGGCCUUUCGCCGACCACCAUCAGCCUCUACUUGGGCCAGGCCGUCUCAUUUGUGGAGUACUUCAGGGCCAUGCUGCCCAGCCACUCGCGGCUCCACCGUGGGCAAACCAAAAUCCUGGUCCUCAAGCUCAAGAAGCUGAGCAGGGACAUCGGGCGGACCGUCCUGGGACACCAGCUGCUGACCAAGCAAAAAAAAGGUCUCCAAGCUGGUGUCCAAGGAGGACCUCCGCCUUUGCCAGCUCCUUGCUCGGGAGAAAAUCCCCUCUCUGCUCGAGGACAUUGAGAAGGCGCCGGCGAGGGACCCCAAGACCCGCUACAGGUUCUUUGGCUACCUCGCAGCCUACCUGUCUGUCUUUUUUUUUUUUGUUAUAUUUUAUUUCAUUCACAAUGUAUAAAAUAAACAAACAAAUACAGGAUACAUUAACAUAUUGAAAAAAAACAUUUGAAUGAAAAGGAGCAGAUAGAAGAAAAAAUCUUAUCAUUUCUGCCCCUUUUUACGAAAUAAAAUUAUCCGCCAAACAAACACAGUGUAACCUCAGUCACUUUCUAAUAUUUUCACGUCUAAUCUUUGACAUUAUAAUUCUCCUUUUCAUAAUUACUAAAUACAUUAGAUUUUAUACAUUUUUUAAAUAUAGCAAGUGUAGUUGAUUCUUUAAAUUCCUUGUUAAUGGCAUUCCACAAUCUUACACCAUUUACAGAAAUGUUACAUUCCCUCACUUUGGUUCUGAAUCUAGGUUUCUUAAAGACAUCAGUUCCUUUUAACAUGUACCCACUUACUCUCUUAUGAAACAUUUUCUGAAUAUUAGUUGGUAGAUUACUCGUAUUCGCUCUGUACAUUAUUUGCAAUAUUUUCCACUCUACCAAGUCAGGAAAUUUCAGUAUUUUGUAUCUAAUGAAUAAUUGAUCAGUGUGAUCUCUAUAGUUACUGUUGUUAAUGAUUCUCAAUGCUCUUUUUUGCAAAAUGAACAAUGGUUGUGUAAAAGUUUUGCAAGUGGCUCCCCAAAUUUCUAAACAAUAAAAUAAAUAUGGUUCAAUCAGUGAGUUAUACAAUGUUAACAACCCCGACAAAUUUAGUAGAAACUUGACUCUAUAUAAUACACCUAUGACUUUGGCAAUUUUCCCCUUUAUAUAACCUACAUGUGAUUUCCACAUGAGACUCUCAUCGAACAUGACUCCAAGAAAUUUGGUUUCUUUUACUCUUUGAAUUUCCAUUCCAUCUAUCAGUAAAGAUACAUCACAGCUUCUUCUGUUAUUAAACAGUAUAUAGUUUGUUUUGUUCAGGUUCAGUGACAGUCUAUUUAUAUCAAACCAUUUUUUAACUUUAAUCAAUUCACUGUUUAUCACUUGAGUUACUUCAUGUGCAUUUAAUCCUGAAUAAAACAAUGUAGUAUCAUCCGCAAAUAAAACUGUGCCAAGUAAAUUCGACACAUUUACCAGGUCAUUAAUAAACAAUAUGAACAGUUUAGGUCCGAGGACUGACCCUUGUAGCACACCAUAAUAAAUAUCUUUUAAUUCA